GGCCAAGCUGGGAAGAAAGAAGAAAGGGAGGGGAGGGGAGAAUCGAGGACGGCCGGCCUAGCCAGGCCAAGAAUGCUAUUGCCCUGGUGGUGGGAGCUGGGAGACCCCUGUGCUUGGACUGGACAGGGUCGGGGGACACGCAGGAUGAGCCCCGCGACCACUGGCACAUUCUUGCUGACAGCUUUUUUAUUAAGCUGGGCUGAUGACAUAAAUGGAACAGUUAACUGGAAGACCAAACAGGCCAACAGUUUUAUUAUCAGCAGAAAAAUGGCUGCUGGGAAGAAAGAUGUGUACACUAUCUUCUCGAAGGUGCACUCUGAUCGGAAUGUGUACCCAUCUGCAGGUGUCCUCUUUGUUCAUGUUUUGGAAAGAGAAUAUUUUAAGGGGGAAUUUCCACCUUACCCAAAACCUGGGGAGAUUAGUAAUGAUCCCAUAACAUUCAAUACAAAUUUAAUGGGUUACCCAGAUCGACCUGGAUGGCUUCGAUAUAUCCAAAGAACUCCAUAUAGUGAUGGAGUCCUAUAUGGUUCUCCAACAGCUGAAAAUGUGGGGAAACCAACUAUCAUUGAGAUAACUGCCUACAAUAGGCGCACCUUUGAGACUGCAAGGCAUAAUUUGAUAAUUAAUAUAAUGUCAGCAGAAGACUUCCCGUUGCCGUAUCAAGCAGAAUUCUUCAUUAAAAAUAUGAAUGUGGAAGAAAUGUUGGCCAGUGAGGUUCUUGGAGACUUUCUGGGGGCAGUAAAGAAUGUGUGGCAGCCUGAGCGCCUGAAUGCUAUAAACAUCACGUCGGCCCUAGACAGGGGUGGCAGGGUGCCGCUUCCCAUUAAUGACAUGAAGGAGGGUGUUUAUGUCAUGGUUGGUGCCGAUGUCCCAUUUUCUUCUUGUUUACGAGAAGUUGAAAAUCCACAGAAUCAAUUGAGAUGCAGUCAAGAAAUGGAGCCUGUAAUAACUUGUGAUAAAAAAUUUCGUACUCAAUUUUACAUUGACUGGUGCAAAAUUUCAUUGGUUGAUAAAACAAAGCAAGUGUCCACUUAUCAGGAAGUGAUUCGUGGAGAGGGGAUUUUGCCUGAUGGUGGAGAGUACAAACCCCCUUCUGAUUCUUUGAAAAGCAGAGACUAUUACACGGAUUUCCUAAUUACACUGGCUGUGCCCUCGGCAGUAGCACUGGUCCUUUUUCUAAUACUUGCUUAUAUCAUGUGCUGCCGACGGGAAGGCGUGGAAAAGAGAAACAUGCAAACACCAGACAUCCAAUUGGUCCAUCAUAGUGCUAUUCAGAAAUCUACAAAGGAGCUACGAGAUAUGUCCAAGAACAGAGAGAUUGCAUGGCCCCUGUCGACGCUUCCUGUGUUUCACCCCGUAACUGGGGAGAUCAUUCCUCCUCUACACACAGACAGCUACGAUAGCACGAAUAUGCCCCUGAUGCAAACACAGCAGAACUUGCCACACCAGACUCAGAUUCCCCAACAGCAGACUACAGCUUUCGGGAAUUUAAGGAGAUUUUCGUUUGACAACUUUUCAAAGAUUUGAGGUAAAUGGUAUCCCUGAAGAAAGAAAACUGACUGAAGCAAUGAAUUUAUAAUCACACAGUUAUAGCAGUUGCAUCUUAUUUCUCUUUUCUUCCAAUAAUGCAUGAGCUUUUCUGGCAUAUGGUGUGCAUGUUGACAGUAUUAAGUAUGUACCAAAUAAUACAAUAUAACUUUGGUUUUACUAAUGUAUUUUUUUUGUACUUAAAUCAUUUUUGACAAUUUGUAAGACAUUGAUGACUUUAUAUUUGUUACAAUAAAAAGUGAUCUUUAAAAUAAACAUUAAUGGAGCCUAA